ACACGAAGAACGAGAGAAAAUGGAGUUUAACAUUUUGGCCUUCUAUGGCUUUAUUUUGCUUUUCGUUUCGCUCCUCUGGAUCCUCUCUGGAAGGUUGCCUACAGAAGCAAAAAUUGAUAGGUUAGUCAUGUGUUGGUGGGUUUUCACGGGACUCGUUCACACCAUUUUGGAUGGUUUUUUUGUCUUCUCCCCUAUAAUUUACAAGGACAAUACUGGCUCUACUCUGGCUGAAAUUUGGAAAGAAUACAGCAAAGCUGACUCUAGAUAUGCAUUAAGAUAUUCAGACAUCAUUAUGCUUGAAGGAUUAUUUGCAGCUACUGGUCCAGUGUGCUUUCUAGCCUUGUAUGCUAUUGCUAAAGGGAAAUCAUUCAGUACCAUACUUCAGUUUGCCAUUUCCCUGAUAGCCCUACGAUGUUGGAAGAAGAUUAGUGAAGCAUGUCACGCUCAAGAUCAGAAGAAGAAUAAGGUUCCUUGAUAUAUUAUAUAUAGCUUAAGAAUAUUUAAUGGUUAAGAGUUUCAACCUAAUUUUUAUUAUAGCUCUCAUGUUAAACUUCAAACCUUGCAGGUUGAAUAAAUAUCCACUUUUAAA